GAAAAUGUACAGGCACAUGUCAAGAAGCCUGGGAAACAGAGUUCUGCUGCUGCUGGCGUUGGUCAUCAACUCUUUCGCGCUAUUUUUCAUUUCAACUCACACCCAGGUAACGAAAGUUAGUGACUCAAGCGACAGUCACAGGGUGUUCCGGCAGCGGCGCGAACACCUGCAGGAACGCUGCCGUGGGCUGAACUUGACAGAUAAGUUCACAACGAAGACUUGGGUCAAUUUCCUAACAGCUGAAGCACCGGGACCACUGAAGGUGUGUCUGCCUCCCAAGGCUGGCUCAUCAUCAUGGUUCCAACUAAAUGAACAGCUCAAAGUGAUAAACCUGACUCAGUCCCACUCAGCCACUGCUAUCUUGGUUCGGCAUCCACUGUCACGGUUAACAUCAGCAUAUCGAGACAAGUACCUCGACGGGGCACCGAUAAGCAACUAUAACCGAGACUGGCAGGAGCGAACGGGAACCACUGCACCGUGGAUGUUUUACUGGCGAUCCUACUGGCUCCCCGCGCUGGUCUCGUCCGGACGCCUCGCGCCGCCGAAGCGCUUUCUGGAGGACCUGAAGGAGGGUACUACCUCUGAUAAAUCAUUCAACCUUGGGAUUAAGAGGUUGCGGGACGCCGUCAUCAGCGCCUUCGCAGCGUUUCAAGACGAGCUUACGAAACGGUAUAGCAAUUCCUCUUUUAUUUUCCAAGAGUUUCUGGAGUUCGUAGUGUGGGCAAAUGACCUGGGAAUUCGCGACGUGCAUUGGGCACCCUUCACGGAGCAGUGCCUCCCGUGCCAAAAGGAAUACCACUACAUCCUCCACUUGGAAACGAUACAGGAGGAGUGCAGGAUGCUCUUAAAGGAUGUAGGAUACCCUGAAGAGUUUAACCUCACUACUCAGCACCAGACAAAGGGAUGCACCAACACGCUUCCCCGUGAUGACUUUCAGUACUACAAAGACGUGCCUAGGAGUCUAAUGAAAGCUGUUCUUGAAAUUUACAUGCAUGAUUUCGAUCUCUUUGGCUAUAGCAAAAUUGUACCGUCAGUAGUAACCAUGGGAAUACAGUAUUGUAAAUUAAUAGAAAUAUUCGUAUUUAAAGCAUUUUAUACAGUUUUACUGACAAGACAGUAUCAAGAUGUGAAUAAACUGGCCAUUGUCGAAAUAUUAAACAAGACAUAUGAUGCUGAGAAAUCAUGUGGGAACUUCAACGUCAGAGUAAGAACUGAUCGAAAACAUCACAUACCCAACUUAAACAUGGAUCAGAUGAAUCCGUAUCCACAUGUUUUGAAGCCCAUGCUCAACGGAAGAUGUGGGCAUGUACUCUACUUAAUGCUAGGAGCCAUUUUCAGCUUUUCAUGUUUGUCUCUGGAUUUCGUGUUUGUGUUUACCUCUGGAUUACCCUUUACUGUGGCGUCGAUGAAUCGGGAUGUGUACCUGGGCAUGGGACAAAGUCUCCUCACAGGGGAGCCGACAUCCGCCGCUGGGGUGGAUGAUUUCCGGCUUCCUCUUGACACAAAGCCUUGCAGGCUUGCUACAAUUGUAGCUUUAGAGAGCUACAUGUGUAUUGUGUUAAAUAUGAGGGUUAAUGUUACCGAGAGCUAG